GAAUCAUGUGUUAAAAUUAAAUUAAAUUUAUUUGAACUACAAAGUUUUUAUUUUAUUUAUUUAACCUAUCAAUAUAUUUAUUUAAGUUUGUAGUAAUUUUGAUUUCACUCUGAUUGUAAAUUACAUUUUUUUUUACUCUUAAAUUAAAACAAGAAGUUUGUUGUGUUUUGAUAUCUUAUUUAUUUAUGUUAUACUUAUUCAUGUUGAUGAAAUUUACAUGAUUUUCUUAUUUUUUAAUUGCAAUGACUAAUAAAUCUAUUUUUGUUACUGUUGGUACAACUAAAUUUGAUGAAUUGAUCACGGCUAUUAUCAAUCCUCUUACACUACAAAUUCUUAAAAAAAAAGGAUUUUCUACAAUAACAAUGCAAAUCGGAAAUAGUAAAAUAAUACCCCAUUCUUCAGGAUUAAUUGACAUUCAAUAUUAUACUUACAAGCCUGAUAUAGAACAUGACAUGAGUAAUCAUGAUCUUAUUAUUAGUCAUGGAGGAGCAGGUUCAAUUAUGCAAGCUCUUGACCAUAAUAAAGCUUUGUUAGUUGUUAUUAAUGAAAACCUAAUGGAUAAUCAUCAAUAUGAAUUAGCUGAGAAAUUAUUUGAAGACAAACGAUUAUUUUUUACUACUUGUAAUAAUUUAUGCAGUUUCAUUGAGAAUAUUGAUUUCAGCUCAAUAAAUUCGUCUUCAAUUGAUAACUCUUCUAAAAUUAGUAAAUACAUUGAACACUUUCUAAAUGUAUAGUUAUAUACAUAGUUAGCUAAUAGUUUUUCUUAUUCAAAAGUUUUAAUUAAUCUUUAAUAAGAGUUACAAUUAAGUAUUUUAGUACAAUUUAGAAAGAUAAAAAUAGAUUACAUGUUAAAAAAACAAAUCAAUUUGCAACUAUAAAAUUGAAGUAUAUAUAAGAUAAGGGGCUCCAAAGAUUAAGAAAUUCAAUGGUAACUUACAGACUUAACCAGUUACAUAUAAGAAAUUAAUUUGACUAAAAGCAACUUUUGAGCCAUUAUUUCAGAAGAUAUUAAUAUUCUUAUAUUUUUGCAGAAAGAAGAAUAUAGUUAAAAAAAUACAUAAUAAUAAAAAAAAUUGUUACAAACUUCCAAAAUACUCGUUUAUAAUUUACUAUCAAUUAAUAUUUUCCUAAAUAAAUAAUUUUCUAAUUAAUAAGCUUGAUAAAUAUGAAUGUUGUUUUUUUUUUUUUUAAUUUAAUUUAUGCCUAUUU